AUCGAGGCACACGCGUCUUAACGGGCACCGCUGUGAGAGCUUCAACCAGGUCUUAACCGACGAGUGUCUCACUCCACCGUUCACCGUUUCUUCUAUGGACUAAAGUACACUGAAUGCUGUUCCUGACAUUUGGAGCUUUCAAUCCGACGUUGCAGAACAUCCCUGGGGGACAUUUGCGAAUCCGUGCGCUUAUAGAUAUAUUUUGAAAAAUGUUCGCCGGUUUUCAUGCACAGAAAUCAUAGUCUGCAGUUAUGGUCAUGUGCGACUGUGGCACGAGUUUUCCAUAGCAUUUAUCGGUGGACUGUAUUAAAGGUUUAGGCGCAGAAUUGUAAAAAGACCGCUAUAAAUGUCAGAUUAAUCAGAAGUAAUUUUUUUCAGACACUUGUCACAUCGAGUUGAGUGGCGGAGAUUCUAACAUAUGGAUAUAAACAAGCAAACAGUUUUUUAACCUCGCGCCGGAUUAUUACGUUUUCUCGGCGGACCGUUAGGCGAGCACAACAUGAGCCUGUAUCGGAGCCUCUGCCCUCUUUACGAUCUGAGGUUCAUCAUGUCAGGGGUCGUUAGUCCAGCUGCGCGUUUUGGAAAAGGAUUGCUGUGAACUCAGACGGUUGAAUAAUGGUGAGAAGAUGCCUUGUGACGUUCAAACCGUUCAGGAUCUUCGUGGUGGGGAUCGGUUUCUUCAGCCUGUGCUUCCUAAUGACGUCCCUCGGCGGCCAGUUUUCGGCCAAGCGGCUCGGGGACUCGCCCUUCACCAUGAGAACAGAAGUGAUGGGUGUGGUGGAGUCGCGCGGCGUGCUGCGGAAGAUCAGCGACAUGCUGGAGGUCAUCAUGAAGCGUGUCGACAGCCUGUCCCGGCUGGACAACACCAGCGACUCCCGCCGCCUGGAGGAGCUCAGCUCUGCCAUUAACAGGAUUCAGCCAGCAGGACUGGUGGAGCGCAUUCAGGCCAUCGCCCAGAACGUCUCCAACAUGGCGGUGCGUGUGGAGCAGAUUCUACAGAACAGCAUGGCAGCAGGAAGAGCUGUCAGAGAUGGAACGGUGGGCCAGUGUGAAGUUCCGCGAGAUCCCCGCUACCCUGACUGUCCUGGCAAAGUGGAUUGGAUGCGGGCCAGGUGGACCUCGGACCCCUGCUACGCCUUCUACGGGGUGGACGGCUCGGACUGCUCCUUCCUCAUCUACCUGAGCGAGGUGGAGUGGUUCUGCCCCCCACUGGCCUGGAGGAACCACACCACCGUCACCACUGUUGUCAAGAAGAGCUCCACCAAGAGACAGGCGGCCUUCCGUACGGACCUGGCGUCUCUGCUGGAGCAGGUGGGCACGGGGAAGGAGUCGCUGAGCUUCAUGAAGAGGAGGAUCCGCAGGCUGGCCGCUCAGUGGGCCACGGCUGCCCAGCGCCUGGACACCAAGCUCUACCGCCGCUGGAGAGAGCAGAAGAAGGUGAUCAGGGCCCAGGUGUGCACAGGUGUGCCAGAUGACUGUUGA